AUGACUUAGUUAUAGAAGUCUCUACUAGUGAGGAUGAGACCGAAUGUAUUGAGGACCUGCAAGAUGCAUAUAAUGAGUUCUAUAAGGAGUGUCCAAAACAAGGAGAAAAAUUGCUUUCAUUGAGCAUGAGGCUCAAAACGAGUGAAGAUGAAAAUAAAACACUUCAUGUGCACUUAGUUAUGUUCAAGGCUUAUGUUGUUGGGCUUGAGGAGGAGAAGAAGUUCCUCCUUGACAAGUUGAGCUUCCUUGAAUGA